CUCGGGAGGAGAGAGUCAUUCGUUUGGGAUUGUGGGAGAGAGAGAAUGAAAUAAGACGCGGAGAAGAAGAAAAGGGAGGAAGAGGGAGCGAAGCAGAAAAGGACACCUCAUCAGGCGUGUAGUCUGAAAGCUCGCCUCCCCCCUCCCCUCUGCGAUGUUACAAAGGCUGUGAGCAGCUCGCCUUUUCCCAUUCGCCUGCUGUUACUUCCUUCCUGGACGCUUUCAGGACGAGUUCGGUUACUUUUAAUCCGACCAGCAACAGCUCAGCCACUUUCUCCUCCUCCACGCUGUACACACGCACAUACACACACACCCCAGACGUCUUCUGGCUGCUUAUUGGAUUGACUUUGACGGUUGUGUGUGUGAUUCAAGGAGGCUGCACGUUGAACCAGGUGGUGAAUAUUUAAGGCUGGAAGAAGUAAAGGGAUUUUUUCUUUUUCCUAUGAAAGGAAAAUAUCUCAAGGACUAGUCUGAUCAUCCAAACAGCUAAAUGUUUAUAAUCAGGAACAGAUGCAGGGGACUGUGAACUGAGUAGUGCAAGUGCUGAAGAAGGAGGUUUGUUUUGAGGAAACGGGAAAGAGGAAGAAAAGAGAAGGGGAAAAUACGUAAUCGUAAGGAAGAAGGAGAGAAAAAAAACGGGGACUAUGGGGAGAAAAAAGAUUCAGAUUACAAGGAUUAUGGAUGAACGUAACAGACAGGUGACAUUUACUAAGAGGAAAUUUGGGUUAAUGAAGAAGGCUUAUGAGCUGAGUGUUUUGUGUGAUUGUGAGAUUGCUCUGAUCAUCUUCAACAGCACCAACAAACUGUUCCAGUAUGCCAGCACUGACAUGGACAAAGUGUUGCUGAAAUAUACUGAAUACAAUGAGCCUCACGAAAGUCGAACAAAUUCAGAUAUUGUUGAGACUUUGAGAAAGAAAGGACUUAAUGGCUGUGACAGCCCAGACCCUGAUGCAGAUGAUUCAGUAGGUCACAGCCCUGAGUCUGAGGACAAGUACAGAAAAAUUAAUGAAGAUAUUGAUCUAAUGAUCAGCAGACAGAGAUUAUGUGCAUUGAACAAGAAAGAAAACAAAGGUUGUGAAAGCCCCGAUCCUGACUCCUCUUACGCUCUCACCCCACGCACUGAAGAAAAAUACAAAAAAAUUAAUGAAGAAUUUGAUAAUAUGAUCAAGAGCCAUAAAAUACCUGCUGUUCCACCACCAAACUUUGAGAUGCCAGUUUCUAUCCCAGUGUCCAACCACAACAGCUUGGUAUACAGUAACCCAGUCAGUUCGCUGGGAAACCCCAACCUUUUGCCACUGGCUCAUCCUUCUUUGCAAAGAAAUAGCAUGUCUCCAGGUGUGACACAUCGGCCUCCGAGUGCAGGUAACACAGGUGGCCUGAUGGGUGGAGACCUCACAACCGGUGCAGGCACCAGUGCAGGGAAUGGAUAUGGCAACCCCCGCAACUCACCAGGUCUGCUGGUCUCACCUGGCAACUUGAACAAGAAUAUGCAAGCAAAAUCUCCGCCUCCAAUGAAUUUGGGAAUGAACAACCGUAAACCAGAUCUCCGUGUGCUUAUUCCACCUGGCAGCAAGAAUACAAUGCCAUCAGUGUCUGAGGAUGUUGACCUGCUCCUGAAUCAAAGGAUAAAUAACUCCCAGUCUGCUCAGUCAUUGGCUACUCCAGUGGUUUCCGUAGCAACUCCUACUCUACCAGGGCAAGGGAUGGGAGGAUACCCAUCAGCCAUCUCAACAACAUAUGGUACUGAAUAUUCUCUGAGCAGUGCAGAUAUAUCAUCUCUCUCUGGGUUUAAUACAGCCAGUGCUCUUCAUCUUGGCUCUGUGACUGGCUGGCAACAGCAACACCUACAUAACAUGCCACCAUCUGCCCUCAGUCAAUUGGGAGCUUGCACUAGCACUCAUUUAUCUCAGAGUACAAAUCUCUCCCUGCCUUCUACUCAAAGCCUCAACAUCAAGUCAGAACCUGUUUCUCCUCCUAGAGACCGUACCACCACACCCUCGAGAUACCCACAGCACACGCGCCAUGAGGCUGGGAGAUCUCCCGUUGACAGUUUGAGCAGCUGUAGCAGUUCCUAUGAUGGAAGUGACCGAGAAGAUCACCGGAAUGAAUUCCACUCCCCCAUUGGACUCACCAGACCUUCGCCGGACGAAAGGGAAAGCCCCUCUGUCAAGCGCAUGCGGCUCUCUGAAGGAUGGGCGACAUGAUAACAUUAUUACCUAUUAGGUUGUUUUUUCUUUUCCUUGCAGUGUGUGUGUG